CAAAUUGGUCAUUAAUUCAUUAUUUUGCACUCAUAGAAUUUCAGCAUCUUGCCUAUAUUAGUCAGCCAAAAUGUUGUAUAGACAUCUCCCCUAUUAUAUAUCAGCAUUAUAACUGCUAUUUGUUAUUUUCAAACUGAAUGUUGUUUUCACUGCUCUGAUAAUUAUUAUUCCUUGAAGCAAAAGAGUAACCUUUGAUCUUCUUGUGACUUGCUCUAUGACCCCCAAGAGCUUGGUAUGAAUGGAAGAUCUUGUUGCAGAACUCAACAUGCCAAAAGUUUUAAAACGAUUGUCUCUUGCACGCCAAAUUGACAAAAUAACACCAAAGAAUUCACAGGUGAAAGCUGAGAAAAAUUGGUUUGAUCGAAAUGCUAACUCAGUUGAAUUAGUUACUGAAAAUGACGACGGUAAGGAGGAACAAGUGAACAAACACAAGCAAAUGAAAACCAGUUCUAAACAAUUGAAGACAUUGCAACAGGUGCGCAUGGAUGUUAAGGAUUUUGCUUGAAAACAGAGAAAUAUAGCAUGUUCUAAAUUUUCAGAAUGUUGUUGCUUCAGGUUUGCGAGAUCAGUGAAGAAAGUAAAAGAGAAAGCUAAAGCUGGACAAUGAAUAGAAGUUUUGUCAUUUAUUGCUGGAUAAUUUUAAGGCUGGGACUAUGUCCCAUAGUUUUAUCGUGAUUUUCCAUAGAGCUUUGAUUUCUUGUAUGAAUAGAAUAUAUCAUGAAAUUUUAAAAUUGUCAGGGGAAGCUUAUGUCAAUUUGAUGUUAUACGGAAUUUUGUCUAGUCAUGUUUCAUUCAAAAGCAAGCUUAUUCUAAUGAAAACCGACAAGUUUAGACU